AAUGUUAGAAAAGGAAGAAGCUGAGAAUCAAGCAAGCAAGAUGAAAACUGAAUCCACAUAUUGAGCUUUCUUUUUGCAGUAUUAUUAAAAUGUUGAGCACAAUUCGGAGAUUUAGUAAUUUAAUCAUCGUUUUUAAAAAAGGAUAAAUGUUAAAGUAUGUUUUGGAAAGGAGGUAUGCUUUCCACAAUUAGCAAACCUUAAAAUAGGGGRAAAAAAGAGAAUCUAAAGUCAAAUCUGCAUGUUUGUAGUUUAGCAGUGGUCCUGUUUGCUCUUUAAUGGACUCUUAUCUUAUCUGCCGGAUUCAGAAUGGUUCAGUGAUCCAGAAGUGAUUUCACUUCAGUAAGAUUCCAGCAGGUGGCUAUCUGUCCCCCAUGAAGGGGCCGGCGGGCUAGCUUGCUUGCUGAUAUACUGACUGGUUAGGAGUGCCAGUCAGGAGAGGUUUUAUGACACCCACUAUGGACCAAAGUCCAAAUGUGGGCCUCCAACAGUUGUCAGUCCAUCAGAGCUGUUGGGCCUGACCACCGCCUAGCUUUUCUCUGGCUCUCCUGCUGUGACUGUCUUGUCUCUUGGUCUUUGCAACAAUGAGGAUCAAACUAAGCUGACUGUGGUGUUCAUGUCCCAAGAAGAUGGACAUCCCUGGUUAUUACGCACAACAGCCCCAGCCUCCUGMCCAUUUUUCUGGUAGCCAUCCGGAGGAUUUGUUAAUGCAGGAGGGUUCAUCAACAUCUCGGGAACAAAAGACUGAGGCAGACAGUCGGUCAGAGUCAGAGGAGAGCUGUCCGGUUUGUGGUGACAAAGUGUCAGGAUAUCACUAUGGACUGCUUACCUGCGAGAGCUGCAAGGGCUUCUUCAAACGCUCAGUGCAGAAUAACAAGCAUUAUACCUGUUCAGAGCAACAACGCUGCCCAAURAACCGGUCCCAAAGAAAACGCUGUCCUUUCUGCCGCUUYCAGAAGUGUCUGRCUGUAGGCAUGAGGAAAGAAGCUGUAAGAGCAGAUCGUAUGAGAGGUGGCAGGAAUAAGUUUGGGCCUCUGUACAGACGCGACAGGCAGAUGAAACUGCAAAAGGCGAACACAGAUCCCUGCAGGAUUAAGAUGGAAACAAGACAAACGCCUGGUCCCCAAUCUCCAAAUGACCACMGAAUAAGUGGCYCAACAAGCAACACAUCGUCUKCAGCUGCUUUUCAUCUAUCCCAYAUUAUGUAUCCAUCAGGGAUGGAGCAAAGUUGUCAACCCAUGCCUCUGGACUGUACCAUGAACAAUCAUAGAGUGCUAUCACCUCCAUCCGUGCCUUUCCGUGGACUUUGUUGUGGUUUCCCUGAAUACUCGCAGGAUAAAGGGGAACCCAGCUUCAGCUACAACCCCGUUCCCACACACUUUUCAACCCAUUCAUUCACACCAACAUGCACACCGACAUCUUCCCCCUGCUCCACACCAAGCUCAGCACCUGCUAUUUCCCAGGCUGGUACUCAGACAACACCUCCACCAACCACUCCUUCUCCCAGCUUCCUUAUCCAGCUCCUGGAGGGUGAACAAGAUGAGGGUCAGCUAUGCACCAAAGUCUUGGCUAGUCUGCAAAGAGAGCAGGCCAAUCGAGGAAAGCAUGACUGUCUAAAUACAUUCAGCAUCAUGUGCAAAAUAGCUGACCAGACUCUGUUUGGACUUGUGGAGUGGGCCAGAAACAGCAAUCUCUUUAAAGAGCUCAAGGUGGACGAUCAGAUGUCGCUGCUGCAAAGCUGUUGGAGUGAGCUGCUGGUCCUAGACCACCUUUGCAGACAAGUCGCUUACGGAAAAGAAGGUUGUAUUUAUCUGGUCACAGGUCAACAGAUUGAAGUGUCAACCAUUAUGUCCCAGGCUGGAACGACGUUAAGUAGCUUAGUAUCAAGAACCCAAGACCUUGUUUUCAAACUUAAGGCACUCCAGUUUGACAGACACGAGUUUGUUUGUCUUAAAUACCUUGUCCUGUUCAAUCCAGAUGUGAAGUCAGUCCAGAACCGCAGACAAGUAGAGCAAACCCAGGAGAGGGUGAACAGAGCCCUCAUGGAACAUACCCAGCAGAGCCACCCGGGACACUCGGACAAGUUUGGGCAGUUGCUUCUUCGGCUCCCAGAAGUGCGCAGCAUUAGCUUGCAAGUUGAGGACUAUUUGUACCAGCGCCACCUUCUUGGAGAUUUACCCUGCAACUCUCUACUUGCGGAGAUGCUGCACGCUAAGCACAACUAGGAGGGUGUUGAAGUUUGAAAAAUUAUCACCUUCAAAGAUGUUCUAAGAUGAAGAUGGGUCAUGCUAUGAGAAGGUUUCUUUAUCAGUGUUAAAUUAGGACCCAAGUGUCAUCUUAUUACAUGUAAACAGGGAAAGCGAAACUGUUCAACAAAAGCAAUAAAAUACAUUCAGUAAAGUCGAGCAAUUUUGUGUCCAAUAACUUUUGUAAAUGUAAAAUAAAACAUGUGUUAUUCACUCUCACUCUGCAGUAUAUCUUUUCAAAGAAGGUCUCCAGUCCACAUGCAAAUUCUAAAACAAACAUAUGAGGGGGGAAAAAAUAAAGAUGAUUAUUAAAUAAUGAAAAAAAAAUGUGGAUGAUUUAAAAAGGAUUUUAUUUUUCUGGUGCAGUUGUCAAGGAGUCACUUAAUGAAAUGAACAUACAAAAUGUACUGGCAAAUAAAACAAAACAAACUUAUGACAUCUUUUCUGAAAUGGCAAUUUGACAUAUAACCUUCAUUAAAGAAAAAAAAUGGAGAGAAAAGGACAGAGAACCUCAAACUAAAAAAUAAAUUUGUCAAAUAAUUCAAAUGGAAAUAAAUAUACCUCUGGAUGAUGUGGGGAGUUUUAGGGAGAAUUGCACAGAAUCAAAAUAUAGUCUUCACUACCACAUAUGAAGCUUUACAAGUUGAUAAAUACAAACAUCUAUUAAAUCUACACGUAAUCCCCCACACACUUACUUAAUCAACAGUUUAUUUCUUAUUUAUGGUUUCAACAUUGCAUCCACAGGAGUCCCCUUCAAACAGCACAUUACAUGGAGGCAUUCUGUGAUUUUAAAAGAAGGUAGCUGCACUGUGGCAACUGUAAUAGUGCUGCAAGACUGCAAAGAAAGCUGAUUUUCAAGAUUUUCUGCCAGCAUUUAAUUAAUCAAGAAAUUCUGGAGUCUUUUUUUUUUUUCCUAGCACUGAGAAAAAAAAAAAAARAAAAAAAAAAAAAAAGCUUUUGGCAUUUUACAUUCCCCAGUUGUACAUGAAGGAGUCUCAAGAGACUGGGGUAGACGAGGGCUGUUACAGUCCAGAAUGAUCCUUCGUUAAGAAACCUACUGUUUAUAUGCCUGGACAUAUAAACAGGGAAUAAUGCAUUAGGAAACAAGCUCAGUGACCUACAUGGUUUAUUUAUCCUAAAACAGUAUCAGGAACUUCAGCUGCAGAACAAUUCAAAUUCGUUCUCAUUCACUCACCGUCAUCUCAAACAUACAUCUCACUAAUGCUUAAGCAGCAGUCUAGCUUAUUUGUAGCUCACAAAGGUCAACUUAAUUUUUUACAAAUCAUCGUCAAAAAAAAGAAAAGUAUUCAGCAUUCAGUAUAUAUUAAAUCAAGAUUGAUUAUCAUUGUCAUACAGAGCUUCAUCCAAGUAUUGAUAAACAUGACGAAGCUCUCCAUCUCUGUCCCCUCCCCGGAGCUCGCAAGACGAGUUCAAAACCAUUAUUUCCAUGAAAAAAAAAAAAAAA